UUGUUAUAAUAUAACCACCACCAGCACGAGAGCAAGCAAAUUGACUCAGACCCAACAGUGCCGUUGCUCGAGUAAGUUGUGCUCGUCGACUCUCUCCAAGAAUCACAAGGUUAACAAUCAGGAUGCCCAGUAUUCUGCACGAGAUAACCGUUCCCUUCAAGAAGGCCACCUUCGGGAUGGGCUGCUUCUGGGCCUGCGACGCCCUUUUCGGCGCCCAGCAGGGGGUGCUCCGAACCAGAGUCGGCUACUCCGGGGGUACCACCAUGGAUCCUCAGUACCGAAAACUGGGUGACCACACGGAGGUCAUCGAGAUCGACUACGACCCCAAAGUCAUCGGGUACGACCAACUAUUAGAGCUGUUCUGGAACAACCACGAGUACGGGGUGACCACAAUCAUCAAAAAACAAUAUAUGUCGUUGAUUCUCUACCACGACGACGACCAAAAGCGCGUCGCUGAAAUCUCGCUGAAAAAAGAAGCCCACAAGUACAACGCCAAACUUCUUACUGAAAUCAAACCAGCUGGUGCUUUCUACCCCGCUGAAAACUAUCACCAGAAGUACCGUCUGCAAGAACAUUCCUGGCUGUGCCAAGAGCUCGGUUUGACGCCCGAGCUGUUGCAGAGUUCGCACGUGGCUUCUCGUCUUAACGGUUACGUGGUCGGGGUGGGGAAAUUGGACGAUUUCGAAAAAGACGUUGCUAAAUUGGCAUUGACUGACAAAAUUGCUAGUUUUGUUCGCACGCAGUUGAUCGAGAACGAAGGAGGCAAUUUGUACUGCUAAGUGACGGACUUUUAUGGACAUCUUGCUAUUAUUUAUUUUAUAAGUGAUAAAGUAGUUUAGGUUUAUGGACUAUGAUAAACAUAAUAUGGGCCCACAUAAUGUUCAGUAUUAGGUGUUUAGGUAGUGUUCUGGACUUGAAUCUGUUAAUGGUGAAACGUAUUAAAGACUUUUAGGACA